GAUUGUGCUGUAGUGGCGUGAAGACCUCGAAUACACUAUUGGUAUAGAUACACUGAAGUCACGCAAGACAGAAGAAAGUUGGAAAUCACAAGUCAUUGAUUGAACGAUCGUUGCACGCCUAUUACGUAUAUAAUAUAGGACUGUCAUAUCAUAUCAGAGCGCAAGCGUUGGAUGUGAACGAUCUGGAUUAAACCAGAGAUCUCGCAUAUAGCAUUGGUAAUACACUAAAGACUUGAAGACUAACAGUAGCGAAGUCUUAAAUACCAUUGAACAAUUAAUAGAGCUGCCAUAUUGGAGCCCAAGCAUACUGCAGAGUUGAUCUCGUACUGAUAUUGCUAUAAUACUCAGGACUUGAGAAUCGAAGAUUGAAGUCUCGAAGUCACUGAACUGACUGGUAAACCCGACGCGCAAGCAUCAGAACUAUAAAUCCUGACUCGGUCUGUGUGAAGAGCGUGGUCAAAACUCGUAAUCUUGCAAAUACACUCCAGACUGAAGUAAUUAAACUCUCAAAUCUUCAAGUGAUUCAACAAAAACUGAGUGUCUGUUAUACUGAAGUAUAUAACCAUCGGAACAGAUCGGUUAUACUGUAAAAAUCCAGUUGAAGUAGUCUGAACUGAAUCAUCAAAGCGCAAGCUCAAAGCAUUGAUACGGAACCGAGAAGGCCCCGUCAAGCUACUGUGACUGCAUUGAAACGUCAAUUUUAAAACUCUCAACAAAAUCUCUACUGAAAUCUCAUCGCCUCUAAAGUCUCAACUAUCGAGCGAUCACUAUGGCCUGUCGACUACUUUCCCUAACACUCCUUUUCAUCGAGCUAUGCCUUCUCUACCUCGUCGGCAACAUCGUGAAACACAUUCCAUGUUUCAAACGAAUGAUCAUAAAAAGGAUGAACAGAAAAGCGUCAAUCGUGAUGCCCAUAGACAACUACUGGGACACGUUAUUCACUUGGAGUCUCAUCCAAACUCUAUGGAAGUAUGGCAAAUACGAACUUAAUAAAUCUUCAAAAGUCGGUCGAGUUGCACCAAAUCCGCCUUUGGCUGCGGGAGAAAAGGGCCAGACCGAAGUGCGUCUGUUGGACUUGGUAAAAAGUUCCCGUCCUUUGGUGGUCGUCUUUGGCAGUUGUACGUGUCCCGUGAUCAUUGCUAAAUUGGACCAGAUGUUGGACGUUCACAAAGAGUUUGCAGACAUCGCUGAUUUUGUGAUGAUUUAUGUCCAGGAAGCUCACCCCGAUGAUGGAUGGAGAAUGAAGGUAGAGUGAUUAUAAAUCACUUUUUUAUACGAGUAUAUUAAUUAAUUGCUUUCGUUAUUCACUAGUUGAAGUGAAUCCUUAAUAGUUACUGAUCCAACAAUGCUGAGCACAUGAAGCAAAACUUUCUUUAGAUUUGCUAUACUUUAUUAAAGUGCUGGCUUGAUUUUUGACCAGUUUCCCCCUGCUUUCACGAGCGACUUAAUUCUAUAGUACUGUUCCAAUACUAUACUGAGAUGAACAAGUCUUCUUCGCUAGCUUUAACUUACUUUUAAUGAGUUUGGUAGAACUCUGGCCUGAUUCUUGACAGUUUCUUUAAACAUUAUCACUAUAGUCCGUUCGGGUGUCCAUGGAGUCGAAUCGUUUGCUGAAAAAUUUAUUUCUAUAGUUACUAUAGACACCUCUGAAGGCAUGCGAAAAGCAAAACAUUAUAUAGUCACUGGGAUUUAAUGCACUUUAAGAACAUUGCAUGGUAGAGCCCCAUUUGUGUAGAGACUGUACUGUAUAGAGUUCGUUCCAAACUGCCUUGCAUUUCAUUUUGUGUUUUCAGAAAAGCCAUGCAUGUCUUCUUCGUUUCGAAGAUGAACUCGAAACUUUCGAGUUUCGUAUAGGACGAAAUCUUGCCAGUUGCAGAAUUCGCCUUAAACCAUUCUUGUUACUAUUUAUAUACCUAUUUUGAUAUUCCUUUCACGUUGCGGAAAUAUCUUGCGCUUCUAUAUAAGGAAUCUUAAGUCUUAGGAAACAUAUUGCUAUUACUUUACCAAAUUCGAGCGCUAUAUUAAUAGCUAUAAGUAUAAGGGCAUGCAGCUCGCAUCGUUUAUUGGUUCACUACAAGACCUCUAUAUGGAAUAGAAAUGAUAUAAUAGAGCUACCCAUUAUAUAUAAAGUUAGGUUAAUUAUUUAUAGUGUGUUCACUGUAAUCAUGCAUAUACUGUAUGCACAUACAAUAGGGGUUGACCUUUACGGGUCUUUUAUGGAAAAUGGUAUAGAGCCAUUAAGUUAGAGACAGUUUAGUUUUGUCUUAAAAGCCAUUAGGUUAGAGACAGUUUAAUUUUGUCUUAAAAACCAUUAAGUUAGAGAGAGUUCAGUUUAGGUCUUAAAAUCUCAAUUGAAGGUUUUGACUACUGAAACGUGAGUUACUGCACGUGCACUUACUGCACAUGCACGAGUCUGACUAUAAAUAUACUCGCACACAGGAAGAUGAAAUGGACGCGAUAUAUUUCAGCCAGACGCGGCACUCGUUAUAUUGAUAGAUUUUAACAUCAAAGGUAAAGUGGGAUUAUCAUGCUAAACUGAAGUGCAGAAAAAAUGACUAUUAAUCUAACUGACUGAUUGAGACGUGGUCUAAGUUUAAACUGAAAUGGUACGAUUUCAUUGCUGUAUGGUUUGCGAGUGUAACGCGUUAGAUAGCUGCCGGCAACUGCAUGAUCAACUUCCAAACUACAAGUUUUCGUUUGUGGAAAAACCGCAUGUAUUAUUGCAAAGCUUUCAAAGCCCGAGCCAUCAGUUAUCUUAUUAUCGCCAUCCAAACCUACAAAAAACUAUCGCACUUCAGAACUGUUGACACUUUAGGGGUAGAGCAAAUUAAACUAUGGGCGUAUGGCUAUUGGGAACAAGACUGGCUUCUACAUAUAAUGACGAGAAUUAACAGUAUAUUUUCUCACUUGACCACCAUCUGCUUCAUGCAUGACAGUGCUCUGCAGUGAAAACCCUACCCAUAUAUUAGAUAGUAUAAUUUCCAGCAAAAUAUCAUUUUAAACUAAACUAAACUAAAGUAAAGGCCUAGGUUUAAACGAGUUCAAGUGUUCAACAGGCAACAUGUUGGUCCAAAAUGUUCCAUCAUGCAUUGUAGUCAUGUAUCAGCAUUAUUCCCCUCUUUUAAACACUAUAUGGUGGGUAAUGUUCAUGAGAGGUUCAUCAUGACUGAUGCUGGAAGAUCUGUUGGAUUGGGUUUGUUUAAAAUUUUCAUCCAACAUCGCUGGUCGACCAACAAUGGCAAUGCAUGAUGGAUGAUGUUUAACUCAUUUCACUGAUGUUGAACUCGAGUCCAACAAUGAUAGGCGAUGUUGGAUAAUGUUAAAUGAAAACUGUACACAUAGACAGUCAAACAUGACCCAACUAUAUAAGUGAUCAAGCCAACAAAUGCUGCGUCCAACCACAGUUAAUAGAAGGAGUCUCCUUCUAUUAACUGUGGUCCAACAAUGCGGAAUAAUGUUGGAUCAACAUGUUGUCCGGGUUUGAAAGAAGCUUAAAAUAAGACAUGUCUCUGCUCGCAACAUACUUUGCAUUGCGUAAAGCAUAUUUGCAUCUAAUCUAUUGAAAUUGCUUCAGUAUACGCGUAUAACGUGUCAACGAUUUCUUUCGCAAGGAAAUUAAUAAUAUAAUGAUUAUUAUCAUUAGCGCAUGCAAUUUUUAAUCGGUCCUCUUCUAUUCUAAUUAAGGUUAUAUUUAUUAUUUUACCCCUGUACUAUUUUGUUGACCUAUAGUAUUAAUCUCACUUAGAGUGUAUUGUUUAUUAUUGUAAAAGAUAUACUUAAAGCGCAUUUCUCUAUUUUGAAACACUAGAGAGGUGAGAUAAGCCAUGUUUACAAUGCGAACCUUGGCUUGCACGAACUAGGCCAAGGUAGUUGACACUGCGUGCAUGCAUGGUUACAUUGCCGCAAGGCUUGUCUGCUCAACGAUUGCAGUGGGUCUAUUUUCUGGCCUUAUAGGCUAAUAGACCAAAGUUUGUUUACACUACCAAAUGUUUGGUAAAAGCAAGGUUCAAGCUAGAGUAAAGUUUAUAGUUUAGAUUUCCUUCAUUUGUAUAACACAGAAACAACAUGCAAUGAUCCUUACUAGAUCUACAAGAACACUAAUUGUAGAACUGAUAGAGCUUGGAAGUUAUUUUUGCAUUAACCAGGCAGAGGUAUUUGCUAGAGUCAAACUGGAAGACCGUUUGCGUGUGAAUAAGCCUAAAUCAUAAUAAAAAUAUUAAUUAAGGCUCUCUUCCGCACUUGAUCAUCGUAUAAAAACCGACUUGCAAGAUCGCUGCGAGUACUUGCAUCGAAUUAAAAUAAACUGUCGAGCAUUGUGAUUGGAUGAAAGCACUCGAGCAUGCGAUCUGACUUUUGCAAUGAAUGGAAGAGGCUAUAGUCAGAGCAGGAAUGGAUGAUUCCAGCUGUAUACUAAAUUUUGAUCUAGGCAAGAAGAACAAAAUUCAACACCACAGCGAGAAAGAGCAUGUUAAAAUCAGUAAAAUUGCAAAGUUUGGUUGCGAAAUGUUCAGUGUAAAAUGAGGAAAAUAUAGCCCUACGAAAUUUUGCAUUAAUUUGUAACACACACGGAAAAAUGCACCACCCCAAAAGUUACAAUUUUACUAAUUUUAACAUGAUAUUUUCUUGUGUUGGUGUAAUGUACUCAGGUGAAUAAGAUGCUUGUGGAUAUAUACUCAGAGUAACAUCACAAGCAUAUAAUUUUAACAUGUUCUUUCCAGCUGUGGUGAUGGAUUUUAUUCUUCUUAUCUGGAUCAAAAUUUAGUCUAUAGCUGGAACCAUCCAUUAGAACCUGUUCCAUGGCUCGCAGAGGUGAAAGGAACAUGCUCUUAACCUAUAAUUAUUUUCUUCUGUACUAUGUAGAACAACUACAUUAUCAGAAGCCACAGUUCUAUUGAAGAUCGUAUCGAGGCUUCACAGACACUCCGUUCAUUGAUCCCAUCAACUAUCCCCCUGUAUGUGGAUACGAUGGAGAACGAAGCCAGCACGGCCUACAGCGGUUUGCCAAACAGGAUCCUGAUUAUCGAAGAAGAUACUCUGGUUUACCAAAACGGUCCUGGACCCACAUGGUUUAAUUUUGACGAAACGAAGCAAUGUUUGCAGAAAUAUCGUAAUAACAAUGUGGUCUGUAUGUAAUCAAAUUGUAUGCUUCACUAAGUGGAACUGUACAGUACAAAACAUCCUUACGAAAAUUUCACAUGUAUGAUUUCACAUGUGAAAUUGCUUUUCCACAUGUGAAGUGCUCCAAUGCCACACACGAAAUAGUACUGAUUUCACAUGUGAAACUGAUACAUUUUCACCCUAUAUGAUCCUUUCAUUUCACACGUGAAAGAAUAUGUGAAACCAAUGUCAUAUGAAAUGAGCAAUGUUCCAAUUCCAUAUCAAAUUUCAGGUGUGAAAUUAUAUGUGAAUUUUUCGCAAAGGGCAUGGUGGUCAAGUAUAAAGAGAGUUAUUAGAGUGACAUAUUGUUCCCAUGUAAUGGAAGCAUUAUUUGCUCGCUCCCAUAAGUUUCAAUGUAUCUGAGGUUGUUCGGACCAUCAGCAUAGUAUAUAAAACGCUGAUUGAACGAAUCCCAUGCUACCUGCCAUAUUAAUAUUGGUUAAUAUCGACUACCAUGUAGUUCAUUUAAUUCAGAACAAACCAUAUUGAAUUUUUUAGAUACAAUGUAUAUAAAAAUCAACCUUAUAUAUAAUUAGAACGAGCCAUUAGCCCUAGUCAAGCGAGGAGAAGAGUUGAUAAGAGUAUGCAAGCGAAAAAUUGCAUGAGAGUUGACAUAUCUCAAAUCAUUAAUAAUUCAUAAGUAAAUUAGCCAACCAUAUUGCUUUAUUUUUCUCACAUGAUAAUACUGGAUACCUGGUGAAGUACAUUGAUUCAGUCUUAGGACUGGAUCAAAAUGAAUUCAGCCCUAGGACUUGAUCAAAGUGAAUUCACCUCACUUUUAAAGCUGGAGUUACUCGAGCAACAAAAUUGCUGCAACUUGCAACAAAAUCUAAUUUCUAUACGCAUGUUAAUUGAAAUGUUUACAUGCAUAAAUUACAAAUCACAAGGCAACAUGUGACGACAUUUCUACUUAACAUGCGUUGAAAUCAGAUUUUGUUGCCAGUUGCAGCAAUUGUUUCGUUUAACUCCACCUUAAGUGUGAUAUAUUCGUACGAGAUGUCAUUUGAAAUCCUUCGGACUGGACUAGAUUUCACGUCCUCGCAUUUUGAUCAAAUUGAGCGGACUUGAAAUGUAGUCCAGUCCUCAUAGUCGGAUUUGGAAUAUUACUACCAUGAGUAGCAAAACUCUCAUCAGAAUGUGAACCAGCUCAAAGUUGAUGCGACGAGAAUUAGCGAUCAGACGUGAGCAUCAUGCAUUUGCAACUCUCAUUAACUCUCAUUCUUGUUUAAUGGGUCUUAAUGUUUAAUAGACAUGUUUCGGCUGUAUUUUUAGGAGGAUUUAUAUACCGAACUAGUAUAGCCCCGUUUACACUACGCUCAAUUUUUGGUACGGCACGGAUGAAAUUGGUACCCGUACUGCCUAAAUAGGUAGUCCAAGAACCAAAAAAGUGGUACGGGUACCAAUUUUAUCCGUGCCGUACCAAAAAUUGAGCGUACUGUAAACGGGGCUAUAGUUGAUAUCAGGUAGCCUAUAUCAUGUAUAUAAGCAAGAACAAUAUAAACGGCUUUGUAUUCAAUGCAUGCAUUUAUGCUAGGAUUAUAUAUGUAUUUUAUAUUGUAUUAAUAAGUACUUAUAGCCAGAACCUAUAUAGCCAGCGCACGUAAUUCCAAUCAGCAAUAUAUGUUAUGUUUAUGUAAUCAAAAUUAUUUCUGGCAAUCACAACAGAUUAAGCGAGAUUCUCAUUCCUAUAUCUUAUCUUUGUUAUAUGAUGUCUAGCAUCUGUUUUUAUUGCAUUCAAACUCGAGUAUAUAGCCAAAAAUAAUAAACAACGCA